AUGUCUUUUUUGAGUGCUUCUGGAAAUGUGGGUUUCAGCGGUAUAUCCCAAAAUAUAUCUGAUGCGAGUUGUUCUACACAAUAUAAGAUGGCAGUUGAGAGUGUGUCAGGGGGCUGCGGUAGUGAAGUAAAUAUGUUCAUCCAAGACAGUUCGGGCGAUGAACAGUCAUAUAUAUCACAUAUUAGUGAUAGCUUCUUCCAUACCAAAUUUAAAAUAGAUCCAAGUGAAUUAUACACUUUCCAUGAUUCCGAUGUCAUUGCUGGAGAGAUUACUGUUAGUCAUACAGACGAUAAUUACCUAUUUCCUGAGAGCUCAGAAUACAAAUCGAAGUUCUUGGGAAGUUCAUUAAAGGAAAUUGAUAUAUUGGGUUCCUUAACUAAUGGUGAGGUAAAUAAUGAUAAAAAACAUACCGUGACAAAUGGUCACUACUCUAAAAUAAUAGAUGAUAUUGCGGUAAAUGAAACAGAAUCAAAACCGACCCCCAAAGGUCAGAAACUGAGGAAUUCUGUACAAAGUCAUGAAAGUGUUAGACAUAGCAUCUCAAGCCCUACAGUUUUUAACAAUACAAGUCUAUCGGGAAACAGUAAUAAGACAGUUGUGAGUAACGGCAAGAAUAUUGAAAAGACUGCUCCUGCGAUAUCUCCAUCUGAAACAUUUUUAGAUGUAUUUAAAAGAGAACAAGGUGUUACAGAGAAUGCUACGGUUAAAAAUGAGCCGACACUAACACCAAUUAAACCACCGAUACCUAUAGCCAAAAAGCAGACUUCUGGUAAAACUAAAUCUAUAACUCCAUCAAAGCCCCGUAAAGGUCGUGGGCCAACAAUUCAUGAGGCACUGCAACGGAUACCGUUACAACGGAAAGCUAUUGCCUUAAAAAAUACAAGAUGGCAAGCACCCGGGGAGGAAAUGUUUGAAUGUGGACCUCUAAGUGAAAAAAAAGUUAAUGCCUUCCGACAACUGGACACGAGCAGUAGUGAUGAUGAUAAUAUGCCAGAAUUUGAAAUCGGAGUGGGUCCGGUGUGUGUGGAGGAGAGCGCGGCGGAGUCCCGCGGGGCUCGGCUGGCGCUCCGCAGCGCGGCUAUGAGGAGGCACGUGGUCAGGGCUGCCACCAGCCUGAAACUAAACAAGGAUCACAGCGAGCUCAGGGCUCUGGCUUCAAUGAUUAAGAAACAAUUGAAUGGCCAGAGCUCUACAUGUCGUCUUCCGCCACAAACCUUGAAUUAUUUGUUGGCAAAGCGCGGUCUCUCUGAUGUACUGAGCCAACAGGAACGAAGGUGGCUUAGACAAAGCGGCUGGUCGGGCGGUGAGAGUAUCAAAUCUGAAUCAUCGACGUGUUCCGAGGAGAGGUGCACUCAACCCCCACUACCGUCUAGUCGGUAUUGUCUAUCGCAUGUCACUCUAGCGCCCGAACAGCGGCUUUACGCCGCUUGCGCCGCUGUCUUCGCUGGCGGUGAGCGCUGCAAACAGCCGCUUUUACCGCUGCAAGAGCAAACGCCGUUAUGCACGGAACACGCUUGGAAAAGGGAUAACUACGAGCUUCUGAGUCGUGAAAGCAAGCCUAAGUCUGUCCGUAAACGUGUUUGGUCUGUGAGACCGGCUCGUCCGCCUCGCCCACAACGCCGCCCGAAAAGACGCAGGCGGGCUCCCGUUAAAAACACCGCAGAACAAUCACUUUCCGAAAUCAAUGUGUGUUCCAAUUCAUCAACAUAUGAUAGUUCAGAGGACACGGCUAUGGGAGGACUCAGUGAGAGUGAAUACAUGACUGCCAGUGCUUCCCAUGAACUAGAGGUUGGUCAAGUUCCGCCUGAUGAUAUACUGGAUCCGUCUGUCCUCAGUCAGAUUCCUGAUGAAGAGUUCACUGAGUUUUUCAAUCAAGCGGAGAGUGGAGCUUCGUUCGUGGAAGGUUCAGAGUUGGUUGCAGCGUUAGAGGCUGUGUUGGAUGACAGACCGAUUGAUAUAGAUGCUCUGGCUACGGGAAGAAAGAUACCCAUACAUACGGCAGUCAGUAUGGAAUCAUCGAGCACGCCUUCAUAA